CCUUUGGUGGUGAUUUAGGGUUUUUUAUUUGCUUUUUCAUUUAAAUAUAAGUCUUCCAGAGACCAUCAACAAAUGACGGAAUCUCAAAAUGGAAAGCUCCUUUGAGAAGAAACGUGACUUCUGCUGGUCUAAAAACAGAUGUUUUUCGGCAACACGCAUUUGGGUCAAAACAACAACAGCCGCGUGGCUCCAGCCACCAAAAGCUCUUCUUCUCUCUGGCAGGUCAAAGAUUCCUGUUUUACAACUACAGCAAAGACUGCCAGACACCCCCACUUCAUUUGGCCACACACACACACACACCAGCGGAGGACAUGCCCUGUGAGAUCUUCGCGGUUCAGAGCUGCUCGGGGAGGAGAAUGAAGAGAGAGACACAGAAGAUGGACGAGAGGACGAGCGUUUGAGGCGGGACGCGCGGCAUGCUGGGAGGAGAAGACUCGAUGGGGUGGAAGAGGACUCUCACUUAACGAGGAGAAGCUGAGGAGAUGACAGGAGGCGGGAUGGCAAACACACACACACACACACACACACACACACAUGCAUUGCAUCAGAGUAGACUCGUCAGCUGGACGUGGUUUCAUUCAGACCUGCUGUGACAAGAAGAGGUUCUCAGUCUCCACCCCUUCCUGCUCCCAAGGAUUGUGUGUGUGUGUGUGUGUGUGUGUGUUUUGUACACUCUCCUAGCCUGUCACUUGAUGUUGGCGAACACACCUGCGCACACGCGACAGCGCGCACUCUCGCUCUCUCUCCGGUCCCCCGAGCAGCAGGUUCCCUGCAAGCAGCCGAGCCGCCAGCGACUGCUGCAAACACACGCUCACUCGCUCGCUGCCAAGGGAGGGGGAGGAGGAGAAGGAGGAGGAGGAAGAGGAGAAGUGAGGCUGGAAGGAAAACCCACAGAUAGAGGAGGGAAGGAGGCAGACUGGGACGUACCUCUGACUCUCUGGAGCAGCACGCCGUUCUUUCCCGUUGGAUCUCUGCGUCUCAAACGAUGAGGAGGGACCGCCUCUUCUUAGGCGCCACGCUCACCGCCAUCCUCUCCGCUGACCUCUACUUCAUCCUCCUGCCCAAGCUGCGGCGCGUGGGCCUGGGGUCGGGACCCCUCUGCCCGUGCGGCCCCGUCAACCUCUCCCUCCCCCUCCCCAGGCACGGGGGCCUGGCCACGCCGCGGCUCCACAACCGCUCCUCUGCGCUCACGCCCGGACCCGCCGACUGGGGCUCCAAGCUGGGCCGGCUGUUCGACCACCCCCUGUACAACAUCCGGAGCCCGGAGCCGGGGCCGCGGGGGGGGGGGCUGCUGCAGGAGGGCGACCUCGUGCAGCACUACAGGAAGAAGGUGGCACACUGGGAAAGACACACAAAGCUCUACGGCAAGGCGGCGGCCAUCUCCAACGUCUCUGUGAGCGAACGCGAGGUGACCUUUGACCCCGGCGCCAGCUGGCUGAAGUUCCACCUGGGCAUCGACCGCUACGCUCUGUACUCCCGCCAGGACGCGGCUGUCCCACAACUCCUCAGGGACAUGCAGAGUAUGACCGUCAUCAGCGCAGACUACACCCAAGAUGAGAAGGCCCUCAAAGGAGCAUGUGACUGCACCCAAGUUGUGAAGCCAAGCGGACAUCACCUGAAACUGGCCCUGAAGAUGCAAAACUACGCCAAGGCCAUGUUCAAACCAAUGAGGCAGCAGAGGGACGAGGAGACACCAGAAGACUUCUUCUACUUUGUUGACCUCCAGAGACACAACGCCGAGAUCGCCGCCUUUCACCUGGACAGGAUCCUCGACUUCCGGAGGGUCCCGCCGGUGGCCGGCAGGCUGGUGAACGUCACGGCGGAGGUCUUCCAGGUCGCUCACAGCGAGGAACUGAGAGCGGUGUUCUUCACCUCGCCAGCCAACAACUCGUGUUUCUUCGCCAAGUGCCUGUACGUCUGCAAGACGGAAUACGCGGUGUGCGGGCGGCCCGACCUGCUGGAGGGCUCCCUGUCCGCCUACCUGCCCAGCCUCAGCAUCGCCCCCCGCAUCUCCAUCCCCAACCCCUGGAUACGCUCCUACACCUUUGCGGGCCGAGAGGAGUGGGAAGUGAACCCCUUCUACUGUGACAACGUGAAGAAGACGUAUCCCUACAACUCGGACGACCGGCUCCUGAACAUCAUCGACAUGUCCAUCUUCGACUUCCUCACAAGCAACAUGGACAGGCACCACUACGAGAUCUUUACCAAAUUUGGGGACGACGGGUUUCUUCUCCACUUGGACAACGCCAGAGGGUUUGGGAAGCACUCUGUGGACGAGAUGUCCAUCCUGGCUCCUUUAUCUCAGUGCUGCAUGGUGAAGCGCUCCACGCUGCUGCGGCUGCGGCUUCUGGCCCGACCCGAGUUCAGGCUGAGCGACGUGAUGAGGGAGUCUCUGGAGGAGGACGCCCUGCGGCCCGUCCUGACGGAGGCCCACCUCUCAGCGCUGGACCGCAGGCUGCAGAAGGUCCUGCGGGCGGUGCAGCGCUGCGUCCGCAGGCUGGGGGAGGACGAGGUCAUCGUCAAGGACUUUGCAGAGUCCACCAGGGCCCCCCCCCCCUCCGACUGAGAGUCAGGUCAGGUAACAAAGGGGGAGGGGGGAGGUGGGGGCUCCUCUUCGUGGAGGCUCGUGGAACCUCGGGAGCCGUAAAACACUGUGAACUCUUCAAAUGGAGGUUCAGGACUUUUUACACCGCCGUUUCCUAGGAGACGGAUCUUUGGGUUCGAUUUCCUUCUCUCAGGGUCACGACCUCUACGACGCAGCGCUGU